AACGAGCCAAUCCACGUCAAGCGCGCUCCCGCACCGGACUACAACUCCCACAAUGCACCUGGACUCGCCCUUCAAAGCAGCAUACUCGUGAAAUGUGCGAUUAAAGCAUCUUGAAGUCGCAGCAGCAGCCGUGAAAGUGAAAUAAAACACGUUUAACCGGCUCUAACCUGCAGAACGGACGCGUGUAGCCGCGCGCGCGAGUGAGUUUGACGCCGCUGGCGGGGUUUUCUGCGUUAGUUUGUGGACGCUGAGUGGAGUUUCUCACUUCAUCAGAAGCGUGUUAAUGAACUGGAAUGUGCGAGCAGACCGUCAUCAGAUUCCGGUAGAGUCGGUGUUUUUGUGCUGGUUUUACGCAGAGAGCUUCAACAGGUGUCAGACCUACAGGUUUGGUUGUGGCGUGUAUGAAUGGAUCAGGUUGGCAUGGGGAACGCAGAACACCAGGGGGCGCUGACGAAGGGCGAAGCUCUGCCACGCCCCGCCUCCAGCCAAUCAGAGGGUUUUAAACCGGGUCGCUCGGUCUUGAACUCUUUGCUCUCCGGGGCUCUUGCAGGAGCCGUGGCCAAAACAGCCGUCGCCCCGCUGGACCGAACCAAAAUUAUCUUCCAAGUCUCGUCGAAUAGAUUCUCCGCCAAGGAGGCGUACAGGUUAAUCUACCGCACGUAUCUGAAGGACGGCUUCUUCAGUCUGUGGAGGGGAAACUCAGCCACCAUGGUGCGUGUCAUUCCAUACGCUGCCAUCCAGUUCUGCGCUCAUGAACAAUACAAGAGGAUUCUGGGACAGUAUUAUGGCUUCCAGGGCAAAGCUCUUCCUCCGGUGCCGCGGCUGCUAGCUGGAUCUCUGGCGGGAACCACGGCUGCUAUGAUCACGUACCCCCUGGACAUGGUCCGAGCUCGCAUGGCCGUCACCCCCAAAGAGAUGUACAGUAACAUCCUGCACGUGUUCGUCCGAAUCUCUCGUGACGAGGGGCUGAAGACGCUCUACAGGGGGUUCACUCCCACAAUCCUCGGCGUCGUGCCGUACGCUGGACUCAGCUUCUUCACGUACGAGACGCUCAAGAAGCUCCACGCAGAGCACACGGGCCGCUCUCAGCCGUUCUCGUACGAGCGUCUGGCGUUCGGUGCGUGCGCAGGAUUGAUCGGUCAGUCGGCCUCUUACCCGCUGGACGUGGUGCGCAGACGCAUGCAGACGGCGGGGGUCACCGGACACACCUACAGCAGCAUCUCGGGCACCAUGCGUGAGAUCGUGAGGGAGGAGGGCGUGAUCCGCGGUCUCUACAAGGGCCUGAGCAUGAACUGGGUCAAAGGGCCCAUCGCCGUCGGCAUCAGCUUCAUGACCUUCGACCUCAUGCAGAUCCUGCUGCGCAAACUUCAGCAGCUGCGCUACAAUGCACGGUAGCAGUCAGUGGCGCCCUCUACAGGAACAGGAAGUUGUAGGAAAAAUGAACAAAUGUUUUUUGUUUUUUUUUUUUUUUAACCUGAGCAAAUGCUGCCGAGGAGGGGGAUGGGAAACGCCUGGCGUCAUGUGACCAGUCCAAGUUCGGUUUUUAAUGCAGAAGCAUAUGUGCAUUGAAAAAUGUCUUUUGACUUGGUGUUUUGGUCUCGCUUUCCACUUUAAACUGCAUAACAGUUAUAAAUUAAAAUGCAUUUACUCGAGAAACAAAAUGAAGUGAGUUUAUGCUUAAAAAUAGAAAAGAUAUCAGAAAAAAAUCUUUCAAAGGGAAAACAAAUUGGUUUUUCUUACUCCUCCUCACUUGUUUUAAUCCUGAACUUGCUUCAUUUUGAGAAGUUCUUUGUUGUUUUCCAUCAUUUUGCUUCUCGAGUCAGUGUGUCUUGAUUUGAGAAGGUGUUGGUGUUUGUUCUGGGAAGCGAGACAGAGCUGCAGGUUUAGAAACUGAUUUAUUGCGGUGUGUGUUUGCUGAAUGUACGUGUCUCCGUCUCCUGACGUCGCUGGAAAUGCAAAACUGACUUCUGGAAACAGUUGUUCACACACACACACCAGGGGCUUUGUUGAGAAUACACACAUGCAUUUGGAGUGAACCGUAGAAGUUUAUCUAAAUAUCACUGUCAUCAUAUCAGGGUGAGUCUCAUGAAAGAGGUCAAGAACACGUCCAGGUCAUAUUUCACAGAAUAUUUUCAGCUUUAUUUUACAUGAAGAGCAUGUAGCCUGAUUUAGGAACAUUAUGUAUGUGUGUGUGUGUGUGUGUGUUUAUAAAUAUAUAUAUAUAUAUAUAAUUAUAUUUUUUGUAUAUUUUCACAACCGUUGAGUGCUUUUCCCACAAAUGAUUUAAUUAUAUAUUUAAAAGUAUACUGUAUGGUAGUAAUCAUAAUUUACGAUACAUUAAAGUUGUAAUUAAGUAAGUAUAUAAAUAAAUAAAUUUAAUUUUAUAUAUAUUAUUUUUAUUUUUUUUGACAAUUAAAAAUACACAGACCAUUUUUUUCUGGUACUAUUUUUUUGUUCUGCGUUUAAGAUAAUUUAUAUAUAUAUAUAUAUAUAUAAUUUUUAGGUAAUUGUAUUUACUUAUACAUUUUUGCAUAAUUUACCCCUAAAUUAAGUCUAAAACCCUAUAAGUCUUUAUUGUUUAGUUCAUGCAGAAGAUUUUAUUCUCUUUCCCCUUUCAAUAUAAGGGAAAAAAAUAUUUGUUUAAUUUAUUUUGGGCUAAAUAUUUGGACUCAAAUGUGUUUUUCUUCAUGAGAUUCACCCUUUUUAUCCGUUACCGUUAUUCGUGAACAGGAGAGCUGUGUGUGUGUGUGUGUGUGUGUGUGUGUGUGUGUGUGUGUGUGUGUGUGUGUGUGUGGCUCCUAAGUGCCUGGAGAGAGAAACCAAACCUACAAGCAUCAGCAGCAUCUCUCACAACAGUGUUACUGAGCGCUGUAACCAACUAAUGUUCAACUAGUUACACCAAUAACAUGUUCAGACCACGUUUGGUCUUUAAUGAUUCGUGUGUUUAUUCAUUUACUAGCACAAGAGGUUUUAAAACACUCGCACUCUUCAUCUCCUCUUUAGGACUCCAACAUGUGUCUGAAUCUGACCGGUUUGGUCUGGUUUCUGCAUCGUUUCUUACAACAGAGGACUUUUAUUUUGAUGUUUUCUCAUCUGGUUCAGUGGCAUUGAGACAGUUCGAAUGUGUUUAGGACCUUUCAGGAAUGUUGUAAUUACUCAUAAACACCACCUGAGUCUUUUCUGAGCAAACUCGGAUCCCUACUAUCCUGAAAUCACUCUGAGCACGAUGAGUACUAUCCAGAUGGCUUUUAAAUUGCAUUAAAAGCGUUUUAAAUGUUACCCGACAUCCUAGAGGCCUAAUAAAGGGCUAAGAUUCAUUUGAAUCGACUCAAAAGAUUCGGUUGUCUCGAGUCACAGAUGAUGUGUUUGUUCAGUGGAGUGUAAGUUCAUGGAUCCAUCUCUCUGUGUUUGAGUGCAGAAGUGCUGUGUGUUUUGAUGUUUCGGAGCAGAAUCGCUGAUAUGAUUCAUUGAUUCAUUCGUUACACAGUGACUCGUGUUCCAGUGAUUCAUUGUUGCUGUUCCAACUGAAUCGAACAAAUCUUUCUCUAAAAUGACUAGUUUGGAAGCACCUGACUGUUGUUUGUAAAUUAAAAAGUUGUGUGCCAAAUGAAUGUAUAUUAAACGAAUGACGUUAUACUAUAA